GGGAUAGUUUCGGGUGACGACUGGAGGGAAACCCCCUGAGGAGGCAGCCUGGCAGCUGCUAAAACGUGCGUCGGGGACGCCGUUCUCUCACGACAGUGUGUAAUUUUUUCAAUUUUCAGACUGAGAUGACUAUCUUCGUCUUUGAAGUGUCUCUUUUGAGCUUUCUUUGACUACAUGUGUUUUUCCAUGUUCUUUACCUAUCAUCUACGAAAGCACACGCUAACUUUCUUGGGAUGAAAUUACAGAGAAUAGUGAGUGUGUUGUUUCUAAUUAUGAUAUUAGUACUUUGUUGCACUCUGUGAGUGUGGAUUACGUAUUGGACACGAGUUUUGGUGACGAGUGUGGUUGGGUGACGAUGGGAGAUCGGCGCGACUACGACCGAGGCAGGAGAUCUGGUAGUGAGGACAGAGUCAGCCGACAUGGUUUUGACCGAAGGCAAGACGCGGGCGGCGAUCGGCAUCACCGACGCUCUCCACCGCGAUGUUUCAAUUGUAAUGAGCAGGGGCACUAUGCUAACCAGUGCCCUAACCGCUGGCGGGCCCCGGAGGCGAGGGCGUCUACCUCUUACAACGUAAGUCGGGGUCGAUCGGCGUCCCCGAGGAAAGCGUUGGCAGCUGGAACUGAGGCACCAGGAGAUCUGCGUCGUGAGAUUGAGGAACUGAACAAGAGCCUGGCGUCGGUGUCAGAGUUCGUUAUGGCCGAAAAGGCAAAGAAGGCCGAAGACGAACGUGUACGCAUUGAAGCCGAGGAAGAAGCUGAGAGACUGAAGGCGGAGCAGAAGGCUCGCGAGAAGAAGGAACAGAAGCGCAUCGAGAAGCAGAUGAGGGAAGCGCAACGUGCCGCAGAGAUCGAUAAGAAGUUGGGACUCCAGUUGGCGAUCAAGACAGGCGACUUUUUUAAUCGUAUGGAGGCUAACUUUGGCCCAGCGUUGGAGUUCGCUCAGAAAGUCAAACCAGUAAAACAACAAGUGCAUGUACCCUCUGACUCCAGCAAUGAGAGUUACGAAAGUGGCAUAGAGGACAUUCGAGCAAGAACCAAGAAGUUGACGAUUCAUGAGAAAAGGAAAAGGGGACCAGAGGUGGUGCUUGAAGACAGUCCACCUAUGGUCACCCUAACCAAGCGAACUCCGCGACGAUUGGAGCUGAAGAAGAAGGACGCCAACACUCCGGGUCGAGUUACCCGCUCUAAAGCCAAGCUGAAGACGAAACUCUCACCGUUAAUUGAUAAGUUCAAGAAGACACUAGGGCAGCCGAGCACUGUUGAGAAACGACGAUAUCGUAACCAGCAGAUGGAAGAGUUACGUUCACUGGAUGCGUUGGAACUACAAGGAAUUUGCAAGGAUGAGCGGGUGGCCUAUGUCGGGAAGAUUGAUGCGAUAUUUGAUGUCGCCAGUCACCGUACUCGCCUUCACUUCGGUGAGAUCGAGGCGAUCGAGGUAUCCAGUGCUACGGAGUUGGUCGAAGACGAAGCAGCAACCGUUGAAGGCGACGAGGAAGAGAAUGACGCUUGAUGCGACUACAGAUCAGACGAGAUAUGGCAGAUAAUUGAUUUUGUGACGAAAUAUCGAGGUAGGUUGGAUACUAUCGACCGUGAAGCUGA